AUGAUAAAUAGGUCUCUUAUCACCAUAGUGUUGGCUAUAAUACAAAACGUCAGUGCUUUCGAACCUGCCAAUGACCGAUGGCUCUGCCAGCAAGACAACGUUAUCUGUGUCACAUCGUUCGUAUGGUGCUCUACCAUCGAGGAAGAUACUUCGAAGGGAUGUUCCUAUCCCGAGCACACCUGGCCUCAUUCGAGUAACAAUGAUGGCAAAAACCCUGCCAUGGUUCUCUGGGACCAGGAGUAUACGAUCAGUUGGAAGGGAACGGACGACAAGUACCCGACUCUGAUUGAGUGGCACUUUGUGAGAGACACGGAUCGGCCGAGUAACUCAACCGGUUUGGCAUGGAGCAAGAAAUUUAAGAGCAAUGAGAAAUCUUACACGUUCAAGUUUAAGGACCUUGCCAACGACUUUCCCAGCAAGGAUCACGACGACAUCGAUGCUGAGCAAGUCAAAGCUGCCGCCAGUAAUCUCAUGAACAUUUGGUCAGUUUCACAGCCUGAGAGGCCCUACAAGGGUCAGGCCCGAGUCCACGGCAACCCAUGGAUGGACAAAUCUCAACAUUUCAUAGUCAUGGACAACGAUGUGGUGCCAUAUCUCGAGACGCAGCAUGAUCUAGCAAGAAUGAAGGAAGAGAGCAAAUGGCAGAAGGGAGUUGUUAUUGGUAUCGGAGUUGGCGGGUCUCUUCUUAUAGCUGCUGCUUUUGUCCUCGGGAGAUUGACAGGUGGGAAGAAAGUGCAAAAGCGGUCGGGAUACAAAUCGGUUGAAUCGUACCAUUCUGGAUAUAAUCAGGCGUAUCUAGGUGGUCAGUGA